CACUGACACUGAUAGGCAGCACUGACUGGAACUUAUAGGUGGCACUGAUUGGCAGCGCUGAUAGGUGGCACUGACUGGCACUGAUAGGUGACACUCAAAGGCAGCUCAGAUGGGCACUGAUAUGUGGCAUUGAUGUGGCACUGGCAGGUGGCAUUGAUUAGCACUGACAACUGCCAUUGAUGGGCACUGACAGGUGGCACUGCUGGGGCUACACUGAUUAUCAGGGCACACUGAUCAUCACUGUCAAUGUGACAGCUCGUGAGGAGAGAAAUGCCGAUAACCGGCAUUUCCCUAUUUACAUGAGAUCAGCUGUG